UGACGUCACACGAGAAGAAAAACCCACCGAACCCGGAAGCGCUCGCGCCUCAUUCAGUCCGCGAGCCUCGGUCGGUCCUCCGUUAACGCUCGAGACCCGUUCGUACCGGACACCUGCCGCGUUUACCUGCAGCUACAUCACCGGAGAGCGAGCAUGGCUGGUCGGCUGCCCGCGUGCGUCGUGGACUGCGGCACGGGGUACACGAAGCUUGGAUACGCGGGAAACACAGAGCCACAGUUCAUCAUCCCGUCAUGUAUCGCGAUCAAAGAGUCCGCCAAGGUCGGAGACCAGGCGCAGCGCCGGAUGAUGAGAGGCGUGGACGACCUUGACUUCUUCAUCGGGGACGAAGCCAUCGACAAACCGUCGUAUGCCACAAAGUGGCCCAUCCGUCACGGCAUCGUGGAGGACUGGGACCUGAUGGAGAGAUUCAUGGAGCAGAUCAUCUUCAAGUAUCUGCGGGCAGAACCUGAAGACCAUUACUUCCUUCUGACGGAGCCUCCGCUCAACACUCCAGAGAACAGAGAGUACACAGCAGAGAUCAUGUUCGAGUCCUUCAACGUGCCCGGUCUCUACAUCGCCGUUCAGGCUGUCCUGGCGCUGGCUGCCUCCUGGACUUCCAGACAGGUCGGAGAACGGACGCUGACGGGGACUGUGAUCGACAGCGGAGACGGAGUCACGCACGUCAUCCCGGUGGCUGAAGGCUACGUCAUUGGCAGCUGCAUUAAGCACAUCCCCAUCGCUGGGCGAGACAUCACGUACUUUACCCAACAGCUGCUGAGGGAGCGAGAGGUGGGGAUUCCUCCGGAGCAGUCCCUGGAGACGGCGAAGGCGGUCAAGGAGCGGUUCAGCUACGUCUGCCCCGACCUCGUCAAGGAGUUCAACAAGUACGACACAGACGGCUCGAAGUGGAUCAAACAGUACACGGGCGUCAACGCCAUCACCAAGAAGGAGUUCACCAUCGACGUCGGCUACGAGCGCUUCCUGGGCCCGGAGAUCUUCUUCCACCCGGAGUUUGCCAACCCAGACUUCACCCAGCCCAUCUCGGAGGUCGUGGACGAAGUCAUCCAGAACUGCCCCAUCGACGUCAGACGCCCGCUGUACAAGAACAUCGUGCUCUCCGGAGGAUCCACCAUGUUCAGGGACUUCGGCCGACGCCUGCAGAGAGACCUGAAGAGGACCGUAGACGCUCGGCUGAAGAUGAGCGAAGAGCUGAGCGGCGGCAAGUUGAAGCCCAAACCCAUCGACGUGCAGGUCAUCACUCAUCACAUGCAGCGGUACGCCGUCUGGUUCGGAGGAUCAAUGCUGGCGUCGACUCCCGAGUUUUACCAAGUGUGCCACACCAAGAAAGACUACGAGGAGAUCGGGCCGAGCAUCUGCCGCCACAACCCCGUGUUCGGCGUCAUGUCUUAAAAAAUAAAAUAAAAGGUCGUCGAGGGCGAGAGAGCGUAUUCACGCGGAGGCUUCCCGAGGAGGAAACAAACACACACACACACGGGGGAGCCAAGACUCCUCCCACCUCACAUGCUGUGGAAAAACUCCAUGAGCCUUUUGCACGGAUGCUCCGACAGAUCAUCGGACCGAGCGACAGCGGACCAAACAAACUGCCAAAAAAGAAAAAGGAAAAAAAAAAGAAGAAGAGCGGCGAAAUAUUUUAGAGGAAAAGAGGUGACUCAGCCCAAAGGAUCCUCGACUGAUCAAAUGUUUACUGCGAGUAGGUUAAUAAUAGUUUCUGCGUGCCUCGUUCAUCUAAUAUCCUCACAGGGUUGUAAUAUGUAAUUAAUCAUGGAGUCCUGUAUAAAUGCACCUCUCUGUGUAUAUGGGUCGGGUUCUUGCGAUAUGUUAUGUACUCUAAAAAAAAAAAAAAAAAACGAUGGUUGUUUCAUUAAAUCAUCAAACAAACGUGUUUAAAAAAAAAA